UCGCCUCUUUGCUUCGUCGAGCCUCGAUCCAUCGUGGUCGGGUUUCGAGGAGAAAAGGGUGGUGCUGUCGACCGAUGCUUGACUCGAUCUGACGGCGCCUCGACGACCCAGAAACAGUCAGCGGAGACGAGCCCGAGUGGAGGAGAUUCGAGCGCAAUGCACUCUCCUCUCGUCUAA